AUGACUUCUUUUCCAUUGAAAGUGAAGAAAUUCAUAGCAACCUUUGGAAAUACUUCCAGCAGAUCAUUUGAAAGUCACCAAGCAUUGCUAGUCAGUAAAUUUAUGCAUAUGGAGCUGGAUAAAAUUAAGUUCUAUAUGCCAGGCCAAACUUGUGAUCUUGCUCAAAUGCGACCAGCUUCUGACACCAUGUCAGACCCCUUUGCUUCCCAUCAGGCAAUAGUUCUCACCAGAUUCCCGGCAUUGGCACUUAUUUUCACUAAUGCCUUGAUUUUAUCUACACCUUUAGAAGCUCUGGCAGAAACAUGCGAGGUCAAUAAAUCAGUUUUUGACAUGCCCUUGCUGCUAUUUGUUGCUCUUGUAGGAGCAACUGUUGGAGGAUUGCUUGCACGACAGAGGAGAGCAGAAUUGGAACGGCUGAAUGAACAGCUGCGCCAGAUCAAUGCAGCUCUGAGAAGGCAAGCUAAGAUUGAAUCUUAUGCACCCAGUUUGAGUUAUGCUCCUGUUGGUGGUAGGAUACCCGAAAAUGAGGUAAUUGUUGAUCCAAGGAAGCACGAGUUAAUUGCUCGCCUAAAAAAUGGGAAGAAUUUUCUGAGAAAUCAAGACCCAGAGAAGGCUCUCUUGGAAUUUAAGACAGCUCUUGAGCUUGCUCAGAAUCUAAAGGAUCCAACAGAGGAGAAGAAGGCUGCUAGGGGUGUAGGAGCCUCGCUGCAAAGGCAGGGUAAUUACCGGGAAGCCAUUAAAUACCACUCUAUGGUUUUGGCAAUUUCAAAAAGAGAAGGAGAGGAUUCUGGAAACACAGAAGCUUAUGGAGCAAUAGCUGAUUGUUAUACUGAGCUUGGAGAUCUGGAGCGAGCUGGGAAAUUCUAUGACCAGUAUAUUGCAAGGUUACGAACAGAUUGA